AUGGAAAACAUUAAACUAGGAUUUGGGCAAAUGGGUUCUGCAUUAGCAAAUGGAAUAAUGAAGUAUAAUAUAAUUAAUAAAAAAAAUAUUUAUUAUCAUGAACCAACAAAAAAAAAUGAUACAUUCAACUAUUUAAAUUCAAAUAAAGAGGUUAUAUGUGUUUGUGAUAUAAUUAUUUGUGCCGUUAAACCGGAUAUCGUUUCCAAUAUAUUAAAAGAUAUUGGGCCUUAUUUGUCUUCUAAAUUAUUAAUUUCCAUUUGUGCCGGGAUAAAAAUUGAAAAAUUAGAACAAUUAGUAGGACAGAAUAAUAAAGUAGCAAGGGUUAUGCCUAACACUCCCUGUUUAGUUGGUAAAAGUGCUUCUACUUUCUGUGUAAAUAAAAAUGUGAGUGAUAUUGACAAAAAGUAUAUAAUAGAUAUUUUCAGUUCUUGCGGAAUUAUAUAUGAAAUAAAAGAAAAAGAUAUGGAUAUUGCAACAGCUCUAAUUGGUUCAGGACCUGCUUAUGUUUACUUAUUCAUAGAAAGUUUGAUUGAUGCAGGUGUCAAAAAUGGAUUAUCAAGAGAUUUAUCAAAAAAAUUAGUAUUGCAAACUAUACGUGGUUCCGUUCACAUGAUUAAUUUAUCUGAUUUAUCAGUCCAACAAUUAAAAGACAAUGUUUGUUCACCCGGUGGUACUACGUCUGUAGGCUUAUUCACUUUAGAAAAAAAUAAUUUCAAAUAUGCAAUUAUUGAUGCUGUAGAUGCAGCAUGUGAAAAAUCAAAGUUAAUGAGUAAAUGA